AGACAGAGAAACUAGAGGUAGACGGUUAAACUUGACGCAUAAAACGGCCAAUUGUUUUUUUAAUGUCCUUGUGUUUGUGAGAUGGCUACUUUGCUUGCAACAACCAUGGCUGCCAUCACCACCACUCACCAAAUUAAUCCAUAAUUAACCCAUAAAAAACAGUUCUUUUGUUUGAUUUUUGUAUCUCAAAAAUAAAGGGAAAAAAAAACCCAAGAAAUAUAGUCUUCUUUUUUUUUUCCUUUUUGUUCUUUGAAGAACUUGACUUGGCUGGGCCCUCCAUUUUCUCAACCUAACCCUGCAUUUCCUUUGAUUUUUCCUUUCUGGGUUUUUCUUCUUCUAUUCGAAGGUUCCAGCUUUUGGUGGUUCUGCUGCAAAGAAGAAAAAAAACCUUUUUUUGGGUUUUUUUGGUGCAAAAAGGAACAAAAAAAGAAAGAUUUUAUUUAUCUUUUCUUGGUAAAUGUGGGGGGCUCCAGCAGAACCUGCUGAUUCUUAUUAUGAGGUCCGGCCUGAAUGUACUGAUGUUCCAAUAACCAAAUUUAAGAUCAAGCCUGGCAAAACUCUAAGUGCAAGAAAAUGGCAAGCUGCAUUUUCCCCAGAUGGGCAUCUGGACAUAGGCAAAACUCUACAUCGAAUCCAACGAGGGGGGAUCCAUCCAUCAAUUAGAGGAGAAGUUUGGGAGUUCCUACUUGGCUGUUAUGAUCCUAAGAGCACAUUCGAUGAAAGGGAGCAGAUACGACAGCAUCGAAGGGUGCAAUAUGCUAGAUGGAAGAAAGAAUGUAGUGAAAUGUUUCCUGUUGUUGGAAGUGGCAAAUUUAUUACGGCACCUGUAAUCACCGAAGAUGGUCAGCCCAUUCAAGACCCUUUAGUGCUUUUAGAGACAAAUCCAGGUGCAAAUGCUAAUAGUACAGAUAUGGUGAAGGAGCUAACCAGUCGGGGCCCUUUGGACAAGAAAGUAAUCCAGUGGAUGCUUACAUUACAUCAAAUAGGUCUGGAUGUAAAACGCACUGACAGGACUUUAGUAUUUUAUGAGAAGCAAGAGAAUUUGUCAAAACUUUGGGAUAUUCUCUCUGUUUAUGCCUGGAUAGAUACAGAUGUUGGCUAUUGUCAAGGAAUGAGUGAUCUAUGCUCCCCCAUGAUUAUUCUUCUUGAAGAUGAAGCUGAUGCAUUUUGGUGCUUUGAGCGUCUGAUGCGUAGAUUGCGAGGAAAUUUCAGAGGCACUGAUGAGAGUUCUGUUGGGGUAGAGGCCCAACUUAGUAAUUUGGCUGCAGUAACUCAAGUCAUUGAUCCUAAACUUCAUAAGCAUUUGGAGACACUGGGUGGAGGUGACUAUCUCUUUGCAGUUAGAAUGCUAAUGGUUUUGUUUCGUCGAGAGUUCUCAUUUUGUGAUUCAUUGUAUUUAUGGGAGAUGAUGUGGGCUCUGGAAUAUGAUCCUGACUUGUUCUCUCUAUAUGAAGAACCUGAAUCAAAUAUUGAGAAGGCUGAUGGUUCUAAAGGAAAAACAAAAUCAACACGUCAAUGUGGAAAGUAUGAGAGAGAAAAUAUGAAAAUUAAAGGCCCUGAUGCCCCCCUCCCCAUUUCUGUUUUCCUUGUUGCCAGUGUCUUAAAAGAUAAGAGCUCAGUGCUUCUGCAAGAAGCUCGGGGUCUGGAUGAUGUAGUUAUGAUUCUGAAUGACAUAACUGGAAACUUGGACGCCAAGAAAGCUUGCAAUGGGGCGAUGAAACUUCACAAGAAAUAUUUAAAAAAGGCAAAGCAGACAUAGCAUAAAGUAAACCGAUGACGUUUUCCUCCUAGUCAAGAAAUAAUGCGAGCUUUUUUUUUUUCUCUGAUGCCAUGACUUUAUUUUGGAGGCGAUAACAAUAUACUUCCAGAUGAAUCCUGGCUCAGAGAUUUCAGAAUUCUAUAUAGUUGCUCUAAUAGAAGCAAUUGUUGUAUGUGAUAUCGAUCUUCCACAAUAUUUGUAUACUAAAACAUUGUUUACCAAUCUCUAUAUGAAUGAAUCCAUUGUUGUAUUGAC